CGCCCCUCCCUUCGGCCGAGAGCGCGCUCCUCCCGCGCUCGCCCCGGCCGCCGGCGUUCAGUCUACGAGCCGCGCACUCGGAGGAGCUUCUGCCGCCGCCGCCGCCUCGGCCGCCGCCGCCGCCGCCUCGGCCGCGACUCCCGACCGGAGGCUGCCCUGGUCCUCAACCGUUUCAGGCCUUUCCCGCCCUUCGCCCCGCCGGCCGCUGGCGCCUGGCUUCGACGCGGGGUCGCCGAAGAUGGAGGUGCCGCGCCUGGACCAUGCCCUCAGCAGCCCCAGCAGCCCGUGUGAGGAGAUCAAGAACCUCAGCCUGGAGGCCAUCCAGCUGUGCGACCGUGACGGUAACAAAUCACAAGACAGUGGCAUAGCAGAGAUGGAAGAGCUACCCGUCCCACAUAACAUCAAAAUAAAUAACAUCACAUGUGACUCCUUCAAGAUCUCAUGGGAUAUGGACUCCAAGUCAAAGGACCGCAUCACACACUACUUCAUUGACCUCAACAAGAAAGAGAACAAGAACUCAAACAAGUUUAAACACAAGGAUGUUCCAACAAAAUUGGUGGCCAAAGCUGUUCCCUUGCCAAUGACUGUUCGUGGACACUGGUUUUUGAGCCCAAGGACUGAGUAUACAGUAGCCGUACAGACAGCCUCAAAACAAGUUGAUGGUGAUUACGUCGUGUCUGAGUGGAGUGAGAUUAUAGAAUUCUGUACAGCAGAUUACUCCAAAGUUCAUCUAACACAGCUGCUGGAGAAGGCUGACGUGAUUGCAGGACGCAUGCUUAAGUUUGCUGUUUUCUAUCGGAACCAGCACAAAGAGUAUUUUGACUAUGUUAGGGAACACUAUGGGAAUGCUAUGCAGCCUUCCAUCAAGGAUAACAGCGGUAGCCAUGGCUCACCCAUCAGUGGGAAACUGGAAGGCAUCUUCUUCAGCUGCAGCACUGAAUUCAAUACAGGGAAGCCACCCCAGGAUUCGCCAUAUGGAAGAUACAGGUUUGAGAUUGCAGCAGAAAAACUUUUCAACCCCAAUACUAACUUAUACUUUGGGGACUUCUACUGUAUGUACACGGCUUAUCAUUAUGUGAUUCUUGUCAUUGCCCCUGUGGGAUCGCCAGGAGAUGAAUUUUGUAAGCAGCGCCUUCCUCAACUAAAUUCCAAGGAUAAUAAGUUUUUGACCUGUACAGAAGAAGAUGGGGUGCUGGUGUACCACCACGCCCAGGAUGUCAUUUUAGAAGUCAUUUACACUGACCCUGUGGCUCUUUCCCUGGGCACCGUGGCAGAAAUCACUGGUCAUCAGCUCAUGAGUUUGUCUACUGCAAACGCAAAGAAAGACCCCAGCUGUAAAAUCUGUAAUAUCAGUGUCGGACGCUAACGCCACUUUCGUACCCUCCCCCACCCACCCACCCACCCCCCAGCAUACCCUGUCUUCCCAUAGGAGCGUUACCCUCUGUUGUACAUCCGCCAUCAGAUGUCCCCACUGAAGCAUGCAUAUGCCGCUGUCACCAAAAGCAAACUCUGUCACUCAGAGCCUUGCCAUGUCUCCUCCUGCCCACCCUUGUCCACCACCUCCAGCGAUGUCCCCAGGUUGUCCUGACACUUUGUUUUACCCAGAUGCUGCAAUGCUUCUAUGUCUCCUCUAUGCCAAACAUAACAAGACAGUUCUAUAGACCGCUUUAGCAAAGCCCAAAAUAAUGGCUUAUCAACGGUGUUUAAAUGUGCAUCCAUUUUAAUCUACUGAAUAAAUUGGGAUAACUCCACACCGCAUGAAAGAGUGUAAUUGCAGCAUGAGUUAAACCCUAAAAUCCUAGACUUGUCAGCACUCCGCCUUCUGUUGGACAGUGUUCUUUAUGUUAUUUAUAUUAGCUAACAGGAAACAGUUACUGUGCUUUCAACAUAAUAAAUAUAAUAGAAAAAUAUUUUAUUUGUAUGUUGUAUAAAAUAUUUACAAUCAUAUAGAAUAUAGUUACAUUUUAAUAGCAAUUGUAUACAUCUCACGAAACCAUUUCCCUUAUCAAAGAUGGAAUUUGUAAACCUCAAAUAGUUGUGUAUCUGUCCUGUUACAAGUAGAUGACUUCGAUUAAACAAAUUUAUGAAGGCCA